AUGAGUGAGCUCCUGAACUACAUCCUCAACAAUGAGGAUGCAUUUCGAAGAAACCGCCUCCCCUCGCUCUACUCCGACUUCACACUUCAAAAGAAGACGAAUCCCGACGGCUACGCUGUCAACGUAGCCGCAUGGGAACAAGCAUUGAACCGAGCCGCCAAGCGUGGCUAUACAUCAUCGAGAGGCGUGCGCGUACGCUCUGGAUCUAUCCGAUCUGCAAAUAAUACGAGUGAAAACAGGAAGAAGACCGAUCACCUCAUCCUCCGCACGGAUGAGUCGCUUUUGCGAGACUUGGAGCUACCCGAGUGGGGAAGACCAGUAGCACUGGGUGCUGUAUUUGAAGAGGCAAUGCGCAAACAUACCAUGGUUCCCUUACCGGCGUAUAUGGCCAGUAGAGCGAGUCUCCAGAAGGCUCAGUGGAGACUCAUUGACCCCGGUGCCCUGAGUCCGUGGAAUGUGAUGAGCUGGGGAGUGCGACAGCUGAAAGGCUUCGUUGUGGGCUCUGACGGCGAAUCUGCACCAAAGCUGCAGGUGCAGGAAUUGGUCUUGGUCGAGAACUUGCAGGAAGCAGCGGAUUUGGUUGUAAAGAAGGCCACUGCUGGCAAUUCUUCCAAGUUGGACCUGAUCUACUCCAAAGAAAGCUUCAUUGAGGAGUUCGCCUCCGUAUUACACGAUGCCACUGAACUGUCAGAUUCAGAUUUUGAUAUUCUUUUGCUUUAUUUGUCCCGCGACAGCGGCGCUAUCGCAUAUGAUGGCAAGACCGUGAAGUUCAUGUCAAAAGAUGAACCGGCACAUAUCACGCAGCAAGAUACCACGAUUGCCUCGAUCAAGACGCUGUUGUCAACCCUUUCCAAGCAGGUUAAGAACCUGGAAGACAAGGUUGCUGAACUGACUGUGUCUGCAAAGACAGCACUGGCAAACAAGAAUCGUAUCUCCGCCUUGUCAGCCGUCAAGUCCAAGAAGAUGGUCGAGCAUAAUCUUCAGCAGCGGCUGAACACACUUGUCCAGCUGGAGGAAGUGUAUGCAAAAAUUGAGCAGGCUGCAGGUCAGGUGGAGAUUGUGCAGGUCAUGGAGGCCAGCACUGGUGUUCUUCGUGGACUGCAUGCGCAAAUCGGCGGAGCGGAGCGUGUCGAGGAUGUGAUCGAGGAGCUCCGUGAAGAAAUGUCUAAGGUGGACGAGGUCGGAAGUAUCAUGAACGAGACAGGACCUGUCUUUGAUGAGGGUGAAAUCGAUGAGGAGCUCGAGGCCCUGGAGAAGGUAGAUCGGGAGGCAAAGGAAGAAAAAGAAGCCGAAGCUACGCGCAAGAAGCUUGCCGAGUUGGACAGUCUCAAACAAGCGUCAGAUGAAGCCGCGCGCCAGGCGCAGGCAGAGAAAGAUGUGGAAAGCCAGCUUGCACAGAGCAUUGACAGGCUCUCGCAUAUGAAGGUCGAUGAUCGCCCAUUGCCCGCCAACUAG